UCCCCGCUUGCCGCCGCCGUCAGUGGUGCCCGGACGCCGGCUGCACCGCAGCCCGGGCUGUCCCCGGCGUCCUGCCACCGCCCUUCCUCCCCCGCCUCCGCCUUCCUCUCCCUCCCCGAUUCCCCUCCCGCAACUCAAGGUUUACUCGGCUGGACACUGUGUGUGUUUGGAUUUCUCAAGGAUUCUCCCCCGACUAACAUGGAUGUCCCACCAUUCCUUGCAGUUGAAGGUUGCUCCUUGGCGCAGUGAAUGAAGAACAUGCAGGGAUUGCUAAUGGGUUUGGGAAGCGUAGACUCUCUGCUCUCUCUGUGACCAUGCCGUGAUCGUGUCUGAGGGCCAUCAGUUUACGUAUCCUCGUUCUCACCCUACCGGGAAACCUGACGGCUUAGAAGGGGGAAGUAAGGCAGCGCGAGUGUGCAUAGAAACAUCAUGAAGAUUAUUUCCCAUAUUGUAACUAAUUCAGUCUUCAGAUGCACCAUUAGACUCCUUCUUUGCUUACUGUGGAUUGGAUAUUCUCAAGGAACCACACAUGUAUUAAGAUUUGGAGGCAUUUUUGAGUGUGUGGAAUCUGGUCCAAUGGGAGCAGAAGAAUUAGCCUUCAGAUUUGCUGUGAACACAAUCAACAGAAACAGAACUCUUCUGCCAAACACCACAUUAACAUACGACACACAAAAGAUAAAUCUCUAUGACAGUUUUGAAGCAUCCAAAAAAGCCUGCGAUCAGCUGUCCCUUGGGGUGGCAGCCAUCUUCGGACCAUCCCACAGCUCCUCAGCCAAUGCCGUGCAAUCCAUCUGCAACGCCUUGGGAGUUCCACACAUCCAGACCCGCUGGAAACAUCAGGUGUCAGACAACAAGGACUCCUUCUAUGUCAGCCUCUAUCCAGAUUUCUCUUCACUCAGCCGUGCCAUCCUUGACCUUGUGCAGUUCUUCAAGUGGAAAACAGUUACUGUUGUUUACGAUGACAGCACUGGUCUCAUUCGAUUACAAGAACUCAUUAAGGCUCCAUCACGAUACAACCUAAGACUAAAAAUCCGCCAGUUACCGGCUGACACAAAAGAUGCAAAACCAUUGCUAAAGGAGAUGAAAAGAGGCAAAGAAUUCCAUGUAAUCUUUGACUGCAGCCAUGAAAUGGCAGCAGGCAUCUUGAAACAGGCUUUAGCUAUGGGGAUGAUGACAGAAUACUAUCACUAUAUCUUUACCACACUGGACCUGUUUGCCUUGGAUGUGGAACCCUAUCGGUACAGUGGUGUUAAUAUGACUGGCUUCAGAAUUCUAAACACAGAGAACACCCAGGUGUCAUCUAUCAUUGAGAAGUGGUCUAUGGAGCGCUUGCAAGCACCACCGAAGCCUGAUUCAGGUUUGCUGGAUGGAUUUAUGACGACGGAUGCGGCGCUGAUGUACGACGCGGUCCACGUGGUGUCGGUGGCGGUCCAGCAGUUCCCGCAGAUGACCGUCAGCUCGCUGCAGUGCAACCGCCACAAGCCAUGGCGCUUUGGGACACGCUUCAUGAGCCUCAUCAAGGAGGCCCACUGGGAAGGCCUCACAGGCAGGAUAACUUUCAACAAAACAAAUGGCUUAAGGACAGAUUUUGAUUUGGAUGUCAUCAGCCUCAAGGAAGAAGGUCUUGAAAAGGUUGGAACUUGGGAUCCAUUGAGCGGCCUUAACAUGACAGAGAAUCAGAAAGGAAAACCAGCAAACAUCACAGAUUCCCUGUCCAAUCGCUCUUUAAUUGUCACUACCAUCUUGGAAGAGCCAUAUGUUAUGUUCAAGAAGUCUGACAAACCCUUGUAUGGAAAUGAUCGUUUUGAAGGUUAUUGCAUUGACCUCCUCAGGGAGCUGUCUACUAUCCUUGGAUUUUCCUAUGAGAUUAGACUGGUGGAAGAUGGAAAAUAUGGAGCCCAAGAAGAUGCCAGCGGACAGUGGAAUGGAAUGGUUCGUGAACUAAUUGAUCAUAAAGCUGACCUUGCAGUUGCACCAUUGGCAAUUACCUAUGUUCGUGAGAAGGUCAUCGACUUUUCCAAGCCCUUUAUGACUCUUGGAAUAAGUAUUUUGUACCGCAAGCCCAAUGGUACAAACCCGGGCGUCUUCUCCUUCCUGAAUCCUCUCUCCCCUGAUAUCUGGAUGUAUAUUCUGCUGGCUUACUUGGGUGUCAGUUGUGUGCUCUUUGUCAUAGCCAGGUUUAGUCCCUAUGAGUGGUAUAAUCCACAUCCUUGCAACCCUGAUUCAGACGUGGUGGAAAACAAUUUUACCUUGCUAAAUAGUUUCUGGUUUGGAGUUGGAGCUCUCAUGCAGCAAGGUUCUGAGCUCAUGCCUAAAGCCCUCUCCACCAGGAUAGUGGGAGGCAUUUGGUGGUUUUUCACACUUAUCAUCAUUUCCUCGUACACUGCUAACCUAGCCGCCUUUCUGACAGUGGAACGUAUGGAGUCCCCUAUUGAUUCUGCUGACGACUUGGCCAAGCAGACAAAGAUAGAGUAUGGGGCAGUUGAAGAUGGAGCUACCAUGACUUUUUUCAAGAAAUCCAAAAUUUCCACUUAUGACAAGAUGUGGGCCUUCAUGAGCAGCAGGAGGCAGUCAGUACUUGUCAAAAGUAAUGAAGAAGGUAUCCAACGCGUGCUUACCUCUGAUUACGCAUUUUUAAUGGAGUCGACAACCAUUGAGUUUGUCACACAGAGGAACUGUAACCUAACACAGAUUGGAGGCCUGAUAGACUCCAAAGGUUACGGCGUUGGAACUCCCAUGGGCUCUCCAUAUAGAGACAAGAUCACUAUAGCAAUUCUUCAGCUGCAGGAAGAAGGCAAGCUCCACAUGAUGAAAGAGAAAUGGUGGAGAGGCAAUGGUUGCCCAGAAGAGGAAAGUAAAGAGGCCAGUGCUUUGGGAGUUCAAAAUAUUGGAGGAAUCUUCAUCGUGCUGGCAGCAGGAUUGGUGCUUUCUGUCUUUGUGGCAGUUGGGGAGUUUUUGUAUAAAUCAAAAAAAAAUGCCCAGUUGGAAAAGAGGUCCUUCUGUAGUGCCAUGGUAGAGGAGCUAAGGAUGUCUCUGAAGUGUCAGCGUCGAUUAAAACACAAGCCACAGGCCCCUGUUAUUGUGAAAACAGAAGAAGUUAUCAACAUGCACACAUUUAACGACAGAAGGUUGCCAGGCAAAGAAACCAUGGCAUAGAGCUGGGAAGCCAAAUACCCCAAGCACAAACUGUCGUCUUUUUUCCAAACAACCUUGCGAGAAUGUUUCCUGUGGAAAUAUGCAACAAGUGCAAAAUAAAAUGAGUUACCUCAUGCCGCUGUGUCUAUGAACUAGAGACUCUGUGAUCUCAGCAGUUGCAAUGGCCAGACUCGAAUCACAAGCAUCAUGGAUCAACCAAGUUAUGCAGGGUUACACUGUUUGUCAUGGGUUUCCGCCAUUCUGAAUGAAUGAAUGUUCCAUGUGAGUUUUGUGGCUGGUUUCAAAUGCAGUCUCAGUGAGAAGUUACAGGUUCCUUUAGAAGUUCAACGGUUGCCAGAAAAGGGAGAAUAAAUACCGAAGAUGAUACAAACUGCAGAAGGAGUCUAGUAAAAGUAAUGUCUCAGAACUGUAGUGGAACAAGAAACCAUAUGUUCUUCUGAACUUCCCAGCACAGAAAAGUUGGUAACUGCUGGUAGACUGAAACUACCAUCUGGACAAGGCGAUGUGGAUGUGAUCUUCCUGGAUCGAAGAAAUGUCAAAAGUGAAGAAACAUGAAUGCCAUGAAUAGAAGUAAAAACAUGAGGAUGCUCACCUGCUUUUUUUUUUUUUUUUGACUGUUUGUGACAAUGAACUAAGUAAAUAAAUAAGAAUUACAAAAAAAAAAUAAAUUAACUGGGUUGGAACUUUGAUCUAAAAAACCAACAAAAAUAUUUCCAGAAUUUUGACCCGAUUUUUAGAUGAAUGAAACUUUCCUUAGUACAAAGGAAUGUAUCUGACAAACUUUAAAUAUAAGCAAUUGAUUUUCUUUUCUAUAAUUGUGAAAAGAGGGAGGGGGGUGGGAAGCAGUGUAUUUCACACAUACAGGGCUUGCAUUUUAGCCUGAAUGGGUUUUGAAACACUUGUUCCUGCUACUAAUUGAACUCAAUGGAGCCUGUGCGAUUCUCGCUAAUGUUGGAAGAGGGAUGGGUCACUUAAAAGAAGUGAAUGUCAAGAACUUAAAGGAGGACUGCAUUUUUCAAUACAGUCACAGUACUAAAUGAACAAUAUUCUUGAGCAGUUUUUUUUUUCCAAAAAAAAAAUGUUCAGGUUUAUUUGUGGAAAUGCAAGAUUUCUAUGAAAAUAGUUUUUGUAUGGAAAUUUUUGUAAUACUUUUUAUCAACAAAAUAAGAACAUGUGUUUCCGUCAGGGGUGUGAUGCCAAGCAUGAGUGGUAGUGUGUGCGCACCACCAACGUUUGGUGAAAACUAUUUUUAUCAUGAAAAAGGAAUCUUAGAAGAGACAUAUUUUCAAGUUAUAUAAUAUAAAAAAAAUAGGUGCACUACCACCACUGCUUGCCAUGCUACACCCCUGGUUUCCACUAAGCUGAUAACAUGUUGUCAUGAACAAUUGUGUGUAAAUGGUAAAAGACACAGACCUCUUGACCACAUUGUGAUAGAAGUUAAUAUGCACUCAGUUUGCUGUUUGAAUCCAAUGCACAAAAUUAAAAAAAAAAAAGAAAAAAAGAAAAAAAGAAAGCAUUAAAUUUAUGUCAGUUUAGUUGGUUUGGUUUUGCUGCGUGAUUUGAGCAACAUAUGUGCAGUACUUUGUGUCAGUACUGGUACUUAGCUUCAGCUUAGUGCCCUAUCCUGAUGAUUCUUGCCACUAAAUUUGUGACAAGAGAGUUGGCUGGGAUUUCUGACAGAAGACAUUACAGCACAUUGUGAUAAUAUUUGCAGGAUUUGGCUCUUAGCUGCUUCAAAGCUAACUUAUAUGUCCUGAAUGUGGUGAGUUCCUGGACGUAACAUUUUGAAAUGCUGCCCUAAAAAAUGCUGACUCUUCCACCUCUGCUGUAAAUUCAUUUGUAUCUCAACGAGAAAUUUUAUAGUAUGGACUAUGUAGGAAUGUUAUGUCAACCAAAAAAGAUUAUUAAGAUGGUCUUUACAUGGAAAAAAAAAUGAUUUUAACCCCCAAAAACAUUAAAAUACCCCUCAAAAACAUUGAAAUAAUCAUAGAUAAUAAGUCAUCAAUGAGUAAAGAUGAUGGCACAGAAGUAUAAGAUCUAUAAUCCAAACUGCAGAAAUUUUAUAAUGAAAUUUGGGGGUAAAUGGGAGGUUUGUGUCUACUACCCAGUUAUCAUAAAUCUUCAUAGAGAUUGAGCUGGCCAUUUCCAUUGUGAGCAGGGACUGAGAAAGAGAAUUCUCUUAUAUUUGUGAGUUUCAUCCCCAUUUAUGUGAUAACAAAGAACAGGUUAUCUUUGUCUGAAGUAUAAGGAAGAUAAAAACACUUUAAGCAAUUUUUCUGGAAAUGAGUAAACGUACAUAAUUUAUAUUUAAGUUAAUUCUUUAAAACAAAGGGGAAAAGAGUAACUGUCAUAACACAAUGAAAACUUCUAAUUAUGAUGGCUUGGAAUGGAAAAAAUUGGCUAUUGCAUUUGAUUGAUGAUUUACAAUAAAAUUUGUAAAAUCA